CUAUAAAUAGGAGGGAUGAAGCCAGCACAGAUCAGAUUGUCUCUACACAGACCUCCACAGCACACACAUCCAACCAUGGCACCGACAAUCACUGCAGCAAUGACCAACUCUGAGGAGCAUCUGACUCUGACACACAAGCUGAGAAAGCCUCUGGUUGAGAAGCUCCGCAGAGAGCGAAUCAACAGCAGCAUCGAGCAGCUCAAGUCUCUCCUGGGUCCAGAGUUCCUCCAACAGCAGCCAGACUCCAAGAUGGAGAAAGCAGACAUCCUGGAGAUGACAGUGUGUUUUCUGAGACGACUGCAGCAGCAUCACAUUGUGGACUCAGCAGCUGUUGAUCAGGGCUACUCUAGAUGUGCCCAAAAGGUGGUGAACUUCCUGUCCAAGGAGGAGGUGCAGACCCAGUCCCAGAGAAGACUGAAGAACCACUUCAACAAGCUGCAGGUUUCAUCUGAUAUGAAAGAGGCUGACUUCUGUCUCCAGAGAUCCACAGUCCAGACCAGCAUCAUCAAACAGAAGAGUCCAGUCUGCAGCGCCCCCUGGAGGCCGUGGUAGACACCUACAGACUUUUAAACUCCAAGAGUGAAAGUUUUCAGUGUUGUACACGUACUUGUACUUACAAUUAUGUCCUUUUUUUUUUUUUUUUUUUUUUUAAAGUUUGUUCUCAGUAUUGAUCAUCUUAUUUUAAAGAUGCGUAUGAUAUUUGAAGCUGUUGUUUUAUUACCUUGAGAAAAGGUUGAAUUCUGCAAAAUUUGCAAAAGACAAAUAGGCUACUGUUUUUAAAAGUAGCAGUACAUUUGUAAUUCAAGUGUUACUCUAUGAAGUAUGUGUCAUUUUUCCAAAUUGGAAGAAAGUAAUUUUGUCAUCAACACUGACAAGGUGUUUUUUCUUUGUCUUCAUCAGGAGACACAAUUAUUCAUGUUGAACAUGUUUUAUAUGUUGAUGUUUGAUAUUUGUCAUACCUGUUGAAAGGUGUACUUGUGAUAUUUCAUACAAAUCCUGAUUAUUUGCAUUUUUAGCAAACAGCAUUUGUUUUUGAAAUCAAUGAAGACAAUGUGCUGUGAUAAAACUCUGUGAGUGAGAGCACACAUACCUUCUAUGAAGGGUCUGAUGUUUGGAAAAUGUGUCAAAAUGAAUGUAUCUCUUCAAGCCAAGUGAUGCGCAUUUAAAACAAUCAGAAA